AUGGAUACUAACAAAAACUACGAUGCAAUGAACGUCCAAAUGUUAUAUUCCGACAUAACCACACUUAUCAACUCCAAUCCGGACAUCAUCCUACCCAAGGUCGAGUCAACAUUCGUCAAUCCAAGGAUUUGUCCCGUUUGUGGGAAGAGUCCUAAUGAGAUGCUGAGACAUAUGAAGAUUCAUGAUACAUGUCCUCGAUUUACUUGCAAGUUCCCCUCGGGUUGGUGCCACUAUAAAUAUGUAAACUACAAAAGAAAGUACGAGUUCAAACGGCACCUAUUGGCUAGACACUUCAAAUUUGAUGAUAUUAAGAUGAAUAGUAAAAUGACUGUGAGUACUGUUUUAGACCAUGCUGGUAUGUGUCCCUGUGGUAUACGCUCUACAGCAAGGUGGUGGAUUGACAACCAUAUUUUAGUAGAAGAUCAAUCCCAGAAGUGUACGUUCUUUAGAUAUUAG